AGAUAAAUAUAAUUAAUAAACGAGUGCUCCUCUGUUUUACAGGCAUAUCGGCUGCCGUGGCACAUCCGUACAAUGUCAGUAUUAAUCCAGCAGUUACGAGCAGGUCUAGGAUUGGCCGACAGAACGAAGCCGUAAAGCGAUACGCGUGUCCCAUAGGAUUCUUCCGAUUAAAAAGAUAUUGCUACUAUUUAAGCGGAGGCACGGCACCCUGGAGAGAAGCCUAUUUCCAUUGCAAAGAUAGAAACGCCACUCUGGCGAUUCUCGAUCGGAAUGGAAAGGAUCGAAUGCUGAGAAAAUACCUGUCGAGUGAUCAAUUCACAAAAUUAGAGAGAUGGAUCGGUGGGAUAUUCAACUGGCAGCAAAUGGCUUGGGAAUGGGGAGUGACUGGGCAGAAAAUGGUUUUCCAAAAUUUCGGUCUACCUCAAUCCAACCACUCGAAGCAACAGUAUGCAUGGCACUGUGUCACGAUCGAUCCCACGUUAAAAUAUAAGUGGAGCCCGCGAAGCUGCGUCGAACGGAAACACUAUGUGUGCGAAGUGCAGGCUGGACGCAUACCCAGAAGACGCAAGAAGACAGCGGAUCCGUUUGCACCGCAAAACCAAAGAUUAAAGCACCAAAAGAAGGGCAAGAAAUACUCGAAAGACACGCAGAAACCGAACAAACAGAAGAAGCAGAGAGGAUGGAGAAGAAAUUUCGCCGAGCAGAAUAUGAACGAUUAUUGGGUGCACGGUGUGAAGUUGGGUUCAAGGCCACCAACCAAGUAAGAUCUUUAAUCUCCAACACUCAUAUAUUAUAAGAAUAGC